AUGGCGCCACCAGAUCCAGCCCAAAUAUCGAAUCGAGGAGUUCUUUCCAGCAGCAGAAUGGAUCAUAUGAGGAGAGGACCCCCCAUCGGGCCCAAUACUUCGAUAAAGCUGGUCGAGCCCGUCUUUGACCUCGUGAAACGAUUCUCCAACCUUCCCGAGCAUCUGCAUCACGUAGAAGCGAUCACCGUGGAGAAUGUUCGCAACUCGUGGUUCCCGAUGAUGUCUGAACUUCGCAAUAGAUACCCUCAAGCCUUCAACGAGAACACCUUGAACAUUACGGGCCAUGAAGGCGUCAUCUUCGACGCACUGCGAAACAUCUGGCCCGAGCGGACUUCCUUUGACAUUGGGGAACGGUCAAUAAUCAUCGAGUUUAUUAUCCGAAGCGCAACGGAAAUCGGUGGUCGUCGGACCGUUCGUCGCAACGCUGCUCGCGCGGUCCCCGUCAACAACGGCAACGUCAGACCGAAUCCGAACGGGGAGCGACAGCCCCGUCCACUCGACUUCGAUGCGAUCGAAAAUCAGGAAAACGCCUGUCGAGAGUUCCUCUUCAGUAAAUUCAGCGGCCACCUACAUACGCUGAACGAGUUCUACCGCAACAGUAGCCGUGCGCCUUCUUUACCUCCUAUUCCCACAGAAAUGCCAGAAAGUGAAAGCAAAAGAGCGCUACGCGAAAACGGUACAGACGAACCAAGCAAUAAGAAAGUGAAAACCGACGAGAGCGAAAAAGAAUUGCGAGAAGACGAGACCUGCCAAAUCUGCUACUCAGAAAGAAAAACACACGCUUUCAUCCAUGCCGUCCAGCCAAGUACAUCGCACUUUAUCUGCUGCGAGCGGUGCGCCUACCAGUGCAACUACGCCAUUUCCGGAUGUCCACUCUGCCGCCUGCCAGUCAUCGCGGUCACCAAAAUGAAAAUUCUCCAUCUUCUUCGUCUUGGUGCCCUCGUCGCAGCUGAUAAGCGACUGGAACGCAAAGAAAUCGACUUGAGAAAACUCGACAAGGAAUAUGAAGAGGACGACGACAUGGAACUAGAGGACUUGGACAUGUUCGAUGAACGCAAGCCUAAGCAAGGGAUGGACACGCGAAAACUCGAUGGGCGGGACCACAUCACCACUUGGUCCGAGGCCAAAAAGGGACAGCAAUUGGGCAUGUACGUCAACACAGUACCCGGUCUGAGCGAGACAGAGCUGAAGAACUUGUUCGAUUUGUGGCAAAUGAACAUGAUCAACUGCUGCAACUUCGAGCUGACCUUCUUGCCGCUUGAAGAAGCGCGCAUGCUCGUGCUGCUUCCGGACGGUAAAUUCUUGCGCGACUUCGGCACUAUGCUGCGCCAAGACGAGAGGUGCCACACUUUCGUCGUGGAGAACACGCACAUGCUCUGCGCAGGACAUCCCGAGUGGGAUCCCAAGCGACCAGGCAAGAACGUCGAAGCGAUGGAGAAGUGGGACCAGUACCACAAAGACAAGAAAAUUGAAGACACAAAGAAAAAGGUCGAAGGAUGGAAGGAAAGCAUUCCUGUUAAGAAAACCGAGCUGUAA